AUCAGCAGACAAUAUUCUGUUCACCUUUGAAGUUACAACUAUCUUGUUACAGACAAGGUGAACGUUUCUCUUUCUGUCAUGUCUCUCCGAUUUUCUAGUGGGUCCAGACAUAUUUGCUUAUGGUCUGGAACUGGAUCUGCCAGGCCAUCCAGUGGAGGCUCAGGCUUUGCAGGCAGCAAUGCAUGUGGCAGCUCCUUUGCUGGAAGUGGAUUUUCCUGUGCCUUGGGAGGGGGCCUGCGCAGUAUUCCUGGGGGGAACCAUGCUGGUGGUGUCUUUGGAAGCGCUGCUUGUUCUGGCUUUGCUGGAAGUGAAGGGGGACUUCUGUCUGGGAAUGAGAAGGUGACCAUGCAGAAUCUUAAUGACCGCUUGGCAUCCUACCUGGAUAACGUGCGAGCUCUGGAAGAGGCAAAUGCUGAACUAGAAAGGAAAAUCAAGGGUUGGUAUGAUAAGUAUGGACCAGGAUCUUGCCGUGGACUUGAUUAUGACUAUAGCAGAUACCAUCUAAUAAUUGAAGAUCUUAAGAAUAAGAUUAUCUCUUCCACUACCGCUAAUGCUAAUGUAAUUCUACAUAUUGACAAUGCCAGACUGGCUGCUGAUGAUUUCCGGCUAAAGUACGAGAAUGAGCUUGCCCUUCACCAAAACACAGAGGCUGACAUCAACGGGCUGCGGAGAGUCCUGGACGAAUUGACACUCUGCAGGACUGAUCAGGAGCUGCAGUAUGAAUCCCUGAGUGAAGAGAUGAGGUAUCUCAAGAAGAACCAUGAAGAGGAAAUGCAGGCGCUGCAGUGCGCGGCGGGAGGGAACGUGAACGUGGAGAUGAACGCGGCGCCCGGGGUGGACCUCACCGUCCUGCUGAACAACAUGCGGGCCGAGUACGAAGCCCUGGCAGAGCAGAACCGCAGGGACGCCGAGGCCUGGUUCAACGAGAAGAGCGCCACCCUGCAGCAGCAGAUCUCUGACCACGCGGGCGCCGCCACCAAGGCCAGGAACGAGCUGACCGACAUGAAGCGCACCCUGCAGACCCUGGAGAUCGAGCUGCAGUCCGUCCUGGCAACGAAACACUCCCUGGAGUGCUCCCUGACCGAGACCGAAGGCAACUACUGCACACAGCUCGCCCAGAUCCAGGCUCAAAUCGGGGCCCUGGAGGAGCAGCUGCACCAGGUCAGAACUGAGACCGAGGGCCAGAAGCUGGAGUAUGAGCAGCUGCUUGACAUCAAGGUCCACCUGGAAAAGGAAAUUGAGACCUAUUGCCGCCUGAUUGAUGGAGAUGGGAACUCAUGCUCCAAAUCAAAGGGCUUUGGAUCAGGAGGCUCAGGGAAUUCAUCCAAAGAGUUAUCCAAAACCACACUGGUAAAGACAGUGGUUGAAGAGAUAGAUCAACGUGGUAAAGUUCUAUCAUCAAGAGUUCACUCCAUUGAAGAAAAGACAUCUAAAGUGACCAGUGGAAAAACAGAGCAAAAGGUUCCUUUCUAGCCGCCAUAGAGAAAAGAACAGUCUGGGAAAGGAUCCUGCACAACUACGUUAUUCUAAAUAUCAAGGAAAUUUUUUUUAAAACCAACUUUCUGCCCUUAAUAAUAAGUUACUUAGCAAAAAUACUUUUUUUCUUAGCUAAUUUUUACAGGUUUUUGGACGUCUGUUUUCAAAUAAAUAAAAAAGUAGAUGUGCACUCCUUUCCAUUCACUCAUAACCAAUAAACAAUUAUUUGAGUUUUUUUUCCUACAUCACAAUCAUGGGUAUACAUUUAUGGAAUCUAUUUUAAUUGCCUUUCACUCUAGUUUUAAAUAAUAGUGAAUAUCAUGUGGCACUUAAAUAUUAUUAUUCACUAGGCAUAAUCUUUAAAUAUCUCACCCUUUUGCAUGGACAAAUAACUAGGAAAAAAAUUAGAAAUUCUCCUGUGAUUGAAAAGUUCCAUCACUAGAUGGCGCCUCCUGGAAUCUUACCAAUGAGCCUAUCAAACUUCCUGGGGAUCUGGAUACUUACCAGGGUUCUUGUUCCCUUAUAAACAAGAUUAACUCUGGGAAGAUCCACAGCAUUGAGCCUCCUGUGAAUGACUUUUUUCCUAGAGCAAACUUUCUGUCGAGCUCCAGAUAGCAAAGCUCAGGCUUUGCAGGUCAUAAGGUCUCUUUUUUCAACUACUUGGCUAAACCAUUAUAGCAGAAAACAGCCAUAGACAAUCAGUAAAUGAAUGAACAUGACUGUGUUCCAAUAAAACUAUUUAUGGAUACUGAAACUCAAAUUGCAACUAAGUUUGACAUAUUAUGAUAUAUUAUUCUUCUUUUGAUUUUUUCCUAGCCAUCUAAAAAUGUAAAAACCAUUCUUAGCUCAUGAGCUACACAAGAACAGGUGGCAGACCACAUUCAACCCACCAACACCUGGUCUAGAACUUAAAAUCUCAUGAGGGUGAUGAACGUUAUGGUUAUUGCGUCUUUCUGUUUCCAGAUCAAAACGUAUGGUAAGGAAUCCUAACAAAUGUUAAAUUCCCUAAAAGGAAAGCAGCUCUCCUAUUUCUGUUAUGUGGCCUGAUUCUAAUGAGAAGCUCCAAUGAAGGCAGGACUGCUAUCCAAAACACAACAGCUUGGGAGUUCAAAGAAGUGACAAAGGAUGGGAUGUUUACAAAAUCCUGAGCCAAAAGGGAUCAAAUGAAGUUAAUACUAGAAAUUCAUGGGCAAAUAAUCUCCCAAGUAUAGAGUGUACAGGGCUAGCUGCAUAAUUUGCAGGGCUAAGUGCAGGAUGAAAAGUUGGAGUCCCUUGUUCAAAAAUCGGGGGGGUGGGGAGUAUCAUUAAAGGCACUAAAAUAUGGCGUUUUCCCUAUCUUCUGCAGUCAUACAGUCUACUUGUCAUGUUUUUUUUAAAUUUGUCAUUUAAUAUCAUUCUAAGUAAAUAAAAAUUAAAAAUUUUAAGUUA